AUGAGACUGACGUUCGGGACCCUGUCUAUGAAAGAGAGCUCUUGUGCCUUAGUGUCUGGUGUCACUGUUACUCUGUGUCUUCUCACUCUCCUCCUGAUGGCUCUCAGGGGCCGAAAAGGCCACAAACAAUACUCCCAGUUAGAGUGCACAAAAUAUCCCCCUCCUCCUGGCCCAACACCAUGGCCGCUUGUCGGCAAUCUGCUCCAGAUGGGGGACCAGAUUCAUCUUUCUCUGACCCACCUGAGGAUUCAGUAUGGUGAUGUUUUCCAGUUGCGUCUGGGUUCCCUGACUGUGGUUGUCCUGAGUGGAUACUCCACCAUCAGGCAGGCCUUGGUUCGUCAGGGAGAAGCUUUCGCUGGAAGACCUGACCUGUUCACUUUUUCUGCUGUAGCAAAUGGGACCAGUAUGACCUUCAGUGAGAAGUAUGGACCGGCCUGGAUGCUCCAUAAGAAGCUAUGUAAGAAUGCCCUCAGGUCGUUCUCCCAGGCUGAGCCCAGAGGAUCUGUCGCCACCUGCCUGCUGGAGGAGCAGGUCUGUGCGGAGGCUGCAGAGAUGGUGGAGGUGAUUCGGGAACAGGCUGCUGCCAACAAGGAUAUGAGCGGUGUAGAUCCGGUUAAAGCCCUGGUAACAUCAGUUGCAAAUGUUGUCUGUGCCCUCUGCUUUGGGAAAAGGUACGACUACAACGACAAGGAGUUUCUUACAAUUGUUCACAUCAACAAUGAAGUCCUGAGGAUCUUUGCUGCAGGGAACCUGGCUGAUUUUUUCCCUGUGUUUCGCUACAUCCCAAGUCCAUCUCUGAGGAAGAUGGUCCAGCACAUCCGCAGGAUGAACGGAUUUAUGGAGCGAAGCAUCGAGGAGCAUAUCAACACCUUUGAUAAAAACUGUAUCCGCGACAUCACCGAUGCUCUGAUUUCACUUUGUGAGGGCAGAGAAGAAAAUAAGGAUAUGUCUGUUCUCUCCAACUCUCAGAUCAUUCACACAGUCAUCGACAUCUUUGGAGCAGGGUUUGACACCAUCAUUGCAGGUCUACAGUGGAGCCUGCUGUACCUGAUCAAGUUUCCCAACAUCCAGGACAGAAUACACCAGGAGAUAGAUAAGCACAUUGGCACAAACAGACUGCCUCUAUUUUCAGAUAAAUCCAAGAUGCCUUUCACUGAGGCAUUCAUAUUUGAAGUGUUUCGUCAUGCUUCGUAUGUGCCUUUCACAAUUCCGCACUGUACCACAAGAAACAUAACUCUGAAUGGAUACUUCAUUCCCAAAGAUACAUGUGUUUUUAUCAACCAAUUUCAAGUCAAUCAUGAUGCUGAUCUUUGGGGGGACCCGGACACAUUUCGGCCUGAACGCUUCCUGAGUUCUUCAGGACUCCUCAACAAAGAGCUGACAGAGAAGGUUCUCAUCUUCGGCAUGGGGAAGAGGCGCUGUCUUGGAGAUGGAUUUGCUCGUCUGGAGAUGUUUGUGUUCCUGACUACACUGCUCCAUGGGCUGCGGAUAGAAAAUGUACCAGGACAGGAGCUGGAUCUGAGCACUGAUUUUGGUCUAACUAUGAAGCCACGUCCAUACAGGAUUAUCAGCUCACCCAGGGUUUAG